UUUAGUCAUGCCCUUCCUCUCCUAUAUAAAUACACACCAAUCCCUUUCAACUACUACAAACCCUACUGAUCCACAUAUAUCUAAUCUCUCUCUUUCAAACUUUCUCUCUAAAAUCUCUAAAUAAAAAAGAAAGGAAAAAAAAAAAAAAAAAACAAUGGACUUGGUAGCAAAAAUGGCUGCAAAGAAAGCUGUAGUCAUCUUUACCAAGAGUACAUGUUGCAUGUGUCACGCAAUUGAAAGGUUGUUUUACGAUCAAGGAGCGAGCCCAGAGAUUCACGAACUUGAUCGGGAAUCGAGAGGCAAGGAAAUGGAGUCUGCCCUCUCCAAGACGUUGGGUUGCAGUCCAACCGUGCCAGUCGUGUUCAUUGGCGGAAAGCUUAUCGGAUCUGCCAACACUGUCAUGACUCUUCAUCUCAAUGGUUCCCUAAAAAAAUUGCUAAAGGAAGCUGGAGCUAUAUGGCUUUGAUGUUUUGAACUUAAAUUAGUAAAAAUCGAACAAAAGGGUCCUUUUUUUUUUAUCCUUUUGUGUGUAAAAAUAUGCUUAAGUAUAAUAAUGGUUGAAAUAAGUAACAAAGUUGAUGAAGUUGAUGACUUAUGUAAUAUAUUUUCCAUUUUUUCAGUUUUAUCCCUCAAGUUUAAUAUAUUUCCUUUGGCCCUUUUUUUGUUUCUA